AAGGAUUUGCUAACAGGAACAAAAAGAUGGUCACUCAAAAGACAGUCGCUUGAUUAUAAACUGUAACAAAUACGUAAUGGAAAAUUGAAUCGAAGGAUGAAAAAUUGAUCGCCUUGAAAAUAAGUCUCGUUGGCAUUUGUCGAAAUAGCGACACGCGCCGUGAAUAAUUUUUGGCAAGUUUCCAAAAGGAGCAAAGUGGUCGCGAAUUCGGUCAAUUGGCCAGGCUUUACGCGAAGUUAAACGAACGAAAUAUCGAGUGUCCGUUUUGCGGGAUGUCGGAUCUUCGUAAGAGGUUGACUGAUCUAGGAAAGCCAGUUGUUCCGGACAUCAGCAUCGCCGCCUUGUUUCCGGUAAUAGAGGCAAUCAAAUGUGUUCGUCUUAUUCUCGAACGCUAAUUUAACGAACGUUCGUCCUUGCCAACGGAUUAUUUUUCCGCUUUAAUAUAUCACACGUGCGAUCGAAGGCUACCAACGCGAACUGUCAUUAAUUAUCAGACAUUAAACGACGAUUAUCGAUGAACCUUUUCCUUCGCGACGCAGAACGUGCAUCUGUUAUAUUAAGCAAUUACAUUAUUAUUCUUUACGAAUGCGGGAAUGAUUACCGCACGAGGACCGAAAGGAAAGUUUCUUUUUAUGCAUCAUAAAUAUUUUACUGUAUUUAAAAUCUCCUUGACAUGAAAUCUAACACUCUCAUGUACAGUUGUAAUUUAGGGAUGUGAGAGGAAAUGGAGGAGUCGUCCUUGUGUGCAACUAGGUUUUGCCUAGGUCCCAAAAUCGAUAAGAGCUUAAACUCUUUCCUGAACUCUUUGCUCCCUCUAAAUUUUUUCUAAGCUAGUAUUUCUGAAUUUCCUCCUCCUAGACUUCACCUCGAUUUUAACCCUUCUCUCCAAGGGAACCUUUCAAAACCUCCUUCUUCCCUUAUCUUCACUCGAAUGUACCUACUAAGAACUUGUUUCACACCUCGCACAAUAAUCCUACCGCCCUCUUACAGCCGUGCGGCUAACUCGAUUAAUUUUCACCUUAUCGGUAACUCAGAGAGCGACAUUCACAGAAUUAAACAAACAACGUUUUGCAAUAAGUAACAAAUCUAGAUUGUUUCACUGAACACAUGGUUUCGAGAAUUGACGCGUUGGAGCAGCAUGUGCCGAGGAGUCACAUGUCGAAAGAGGUGCAAUUCAAAAAGAAGGGGUGAAGUACGCGUGACCGUCCGAGGGGCUUCGAGCAACCGGUGUUAUUAAUUGGAUCACGAUGAAAAUACAUUUUAAGGUCAGCAGAUUACCGGAACAAUGUCAUUCGUUCGUCGAAGCCCCUGCUGGAACGAUGGAUUUCACCCACAAACGAGUUUACCAGAUUCUGUUGUCGAUUUUGGAUCCAUUGGUAUCUGGAUCGGCUAACGAAACGGUGGACGAUGAAGCGUAAAGCAUCGGUUCUCUUUCGAAGAUAAUUAAAAACCUCGUAGUGAACGUGUACGGGGUUCGUUUAAUCGUUCUGUAUUUUUGAUAAAAAUCAUCAUGAAAUCAAGUUGUAGCAGAUCGAAAUCAGAGUACGAUCUCUCUUCCGUGAAAUUGAACGAACUCGAUGAUCUCUUGCAUGGGAAACGGUUGAAAUUGUCAAGAACAUCGUUUCGCUUAAAUGACGCGGAAGACAUUCUGAGUACAAACGAAAAUGAGUCGGAAGAGAAACCGGAUUACUUUCCGAAUUGUGACGCGUCCGUGUGGAUGAGAUCAUGUGAAAAGGAAGUGAUAGAGCCAAUACCUGGCAAGGUGACAGGGAAGAUACCAUGCUGGUUGAAAGGUACGUUGUUGAGGAACGGACCAGGUAGUUUGAAGGUUGGGGAAUACAGUUUCAACCACCUGUUCGAUAGCUCAGCUCUACUGCACCGAUUUGCCAUUGCCGAUGGGAAAGUAACGUAUCAGUGCAGAUUCGUUCAGACGGAUGUCUACAAGAAGAACAAAGCUGCACAGAGGAUAGUCGUUACCGAGUUUGGCACGAGAGCGGUGCCAGAUCCCUGCAAAAGUAUCUUUCAAAGGAUCGCGGCGGUGUUUACACCUGGGGAAGAUUCUGACAAUUCGAUGAUAUCUGUCUAUCCAUUUGGCGACGAGUAUUACACGUUUGCUGAGACGGCAGUGAUUCAUCGUAUCGAUCCAGAAACUUUGGAAACCAAGGGCAAGGUGAACGUAUCUGACUACGUUCGCAUCGUAAAUCACACAUCACACCCUCACGUGAUGAACGACGGCACCGUUUACAACCUAGGUUUAAGCGUAACUCCUCGAGGACCUAUGUAUAAUAUCGUAUGCUUUUCUCCCAGUCGAAUUAUCGUCGACGAUUCAGGGGACGAGCAAGAAUUAUCGAUGUUCGAUCAAGCUGUCGUCGUCGCCAGUGUUCCAUCGAGAUGGUUGCUGAAUCCUUCCUACAUGCACACCUUUGGAAUCACAGAGAACUAUUUCAUAAUCGUCGAACAACCUCUAGCAGUCUCUCUGACCACCGUAUUGUCUUGCAAAGUGAAGCAACAGCCGAUGCAUGCUGCUCUUAAAUGGCACGAGAAUGAAAACACCUUCAUACACGUGGUCUCGAAGGAAACUGGGUCAUUGGAGAGGACGUUUAUUUCGGAGGCAUUCUUCUUCCUUCACAUCAUCAAUCAAUUCGAAACUCGUGAUCGCGAUUACAUAGUCUUGGACAUUUGUUGCUACCGCGAUGCGAAGAUGUUGGACUGUUUAUUCGUGGAUGCGAUGAAGAACUUACAUAAGAAUCCCGAUUAUGCUAAGAUGUUUAGAGGUAGACCUUUGCGAUUCGUGUUGCCAAUGAAACGUCCACAGUCCGACGUGCCAUUAGAGUACAACCUGAUCACCGCCAAAACGGUGAAUCAGGGUCUCGAGUCUUUUCAAGACGUUACCGACGUCAAAAAUCGUUCGGAGAUUAUCGACGGAUCAAAGGUAGAAAAUUCUGUCGAUGUUAGUAAAGAAAAGAGACACGACGGCAAGAAUAUUCUUCGACGAAGAGCGGCUGCUCACAGACUUCCGGAUGGCAACAUUGUCGUGAAACCAGAACUUCUUUGCGAUUUAGGCUGCGAAACACCGAGACUCAACUACGAUUCGUAUCUUGGCAGGGAGUACCGGUACUUCUAUGCGAUUUCCAGCGACGUGGACUUGGAAAAUCCUGGAACGAUCAUCAAGGUGGAUAUUUUGGAAAAGACGAGAAAAACGUGGUGCGAGAAGAACGUUUAUCCCAGCGAACCCAUUUUUGUACCUGACCCCAAUGGCAAAACAGAAGACGACGGUGUGGUGUUAAGCGCAAUCGUGUGGUCGGAUAUAGAGACACGGGUUGGUCUGCUGAUUCUAGACAGCGUGACUCUUACGGAAAUUGCAAGAGCCACCUUCGACACUCCUGGCCCGGUGCCAAAAUGCUUACAUGGCUGGUUUACUUUGGACAAAUAAAAUAACGCGAGACAAAUAAUGCGUCUUUGUCUACCGCCAAAAACGAAGCGUAUAUUCCAAAAGUAUGCGAUGCGUAUCGUAGAAAAUUGUCUGACAUAAUAGAUAUUAGCUACCUUCCUUAAAAUCAUUGCAACGUAAGAUUAUAGGUAUACAAGAUUUGUACAACGGUGAAAAGUAUCGACUGCACAAUAUUGUAAAUAAUAUAAUAAAUUAUUUAAUGUCGUUUCCCGAUCGUACACUGUGUACUUAUACUUGGUGAUUACUGGUCACGCCAGGAACUCGGUAAAGCGUGACACACAGGAUUAAUUUACAAUAAAAUGGGAUGCAUCGUGAAACUAUAACGUCGGAUGGAAUGUAAAAUGCCCUAUGAACUUUCGCUUAUACCUAUGUACUCGCAGAUAACCGAUCGUCGAAACAGAACGGUAUUAUCCGCAUCUGGUCCUAGAGUAACGUCAGAAUGAUUAAUUAAGAUAUCGUUUCCAAUGAUGCUAUCUCGUAAUUAAAAUAGUUUUCUACCAGAACACGGAAGAUAUUAAGAUUCCACUUAAAACAUUCCGCUCUCUCUCUCUCUUCGCAAUGAUCUAACAACAUCAUUGAAUUUUCACGCGCGAUUAACAGCGAUUAACGAUUAGAAUAAAUAGGUUUGCACAACCAUGGUCAGAUGAAUUUUAUACACUACAAUAGCAUUCAAUAUCAUUCGCGAUUCUUCCUUAAAUUAAUUAACAUUACGCUAAAUCACGCUUAUCAAGGUCACUGACUAUAUCGUCUUGUCCUAUAACAUAAUACGUUAUCGAUCACGAUUUAGGAUUGUAUUGUCUAAACGAGAACAACAGUCACACAAUUCA